AUGGCUGCCGCAGCGCCCAAAUGCCGAUGCCUAUACAGCUCCUCCUUCCGUCCGUCCCGUAGAUACCUCGCUGCUCCCUCUCACCCCUCUAGCGCCCAAACCCGACUCCUCGCCACCGCCGCACCAGAACCCUCACCCUCCACGCCCUCCACUGAAUCAACGACUUCGAGGGGACCGCGACGCCACACAGCCUUCCGCGACACCCUCAAUACCGGGCCCUCCUUCUCCGAGUUCGUCAGCGGCAAAGACGCCCCCCUCGCGCCCUCCGAAGCCUACGAGCUACGAACAGCGACGGUAGGCCCCGCCGGCAAGAAGAAAACCAUAACGCGCCUCCCCGAAUGGCUCAAGACGCCCAUCCCCACAAACACAAACUACAAGAAGAUCAAGCACGACCUGCGCGGGCUGGGCCUCCACACCGUCUGCGAAGAAGCCCGCUGCCCCAACAUCUCCUCCUGCUGGGGCGGCAGCUCCAAGUCCGCGGCGACCGCGACAAUCAUGCUGAUGGGCGACACCUGCACGCGGGGGUGCCGCUUCUGCAGCGUCAAGACGUCGCGCACGCCCCCGCCGCUGGACCCGCACGAGCCGGAGAACACGGCCGAGGCGCUGAGCCGCUGGGGGCUCGGGUACGUGGUGCUGACGAGCGUGGACCGGGACGAUUUAGCGGACGGCGGGGCGAAGCAUUUUGCGGAGACGAUACGGCGCAUCAAGGCGAAGCGGAGCGAUAUCCUGGUCGAGGCGCUGACGGGGGAUUUCUGGGGGAACUUGGAGAUGGUGGAUGUGGUUGCGCAGAGCGGGUUGGAUGUGUAUGCGCAUAAUGUCGAGACGGUCGAGGCGUUGACGCCGGGGGUGCGGGAUCGGAGGGCGACGUUCAGGCAGUCGUUGAGCGUCUUGCGGCGAGCUAAGGAGGCGAAGGAGGGCCUGAUCACAAAGACGAGCAUCAUGCUUGGCUUGGGCGAGACGGAGGAACAGCUUUGGGAGACGCUGAGAGAACUGCGGAAACACGACGUAGACGUCGUGACCUUCGGUCAAUACAUGCGGCCAACCAAGCGCCACCUCCCUGUCCACGAGUACGUCACCCCCACGGUGUUCGAGCUGUGGCGCCAGCGGGCACUAGACAUGGGUUUCCUGUACUGCGCUUCGGGUCCGCUAGUGAGGUCUUCAUACAAAGCCGGCGAGGCAUUCAUCGAAAACGUGCUCAAGAAGCGCAACGCCGAGAAGCUUGGAGAGGCCGGACGGACUGAGUCGGGGCUACCGGCUGGCGUGAUGGAGGAAGCUGGGGCUGCUUGA